CAUUUUCUUACAUCACUCCAAUGUGGUCAAGUCCACAUUCUCACACCCACACUCUUUCUUUCACAAUCCCAUUUAAAACCACCUCAAUUUCUCUCCAUUUUCCCCACACUCACUAUUUUCUCUCUCUUUUCCUCUUCAUUUUUUCUUCAUCAAUUACAACACAAUGGAAAGAAAAUCUCAAACACUCUCCCUUCUCCUCCUCCUAAUCUCGCCGUCGAUCCCCCUCGCCGCCGCACAGUCCCCAAACACAAACCAAACCGUAGACCCCGAUUUCAAAGAAUUCAACCCUUCGUUUGCUAUAAUCAUCGUCAUACUCGUCGCUGCUCUCUUCCUCAUGGGCUUCUUCUCCAUCUACAUCCGUCAGUGCGCCGAUUCAAACCCCAACAGCGUCCUCCCCAUCACCCACGCGCGCUCCCGGAGGGUGGCGCGUGGCCUCGACCAAACCGUCAUCGACACGUUCCCUGUCCUGGAAUACUCCGAGGUCAAAGCACACAAGAUCGGAAAGCACGCGCUCGAGUGCGCCGUUUGCUUGAGCGAAUUCGAAGACGCUGAAACGCUGCGUUUGAUCCCAAAGUGCGACCAUGUUUUCCACACCGAGUGCAUCGACGAGUGGCUGGUUUCUCACACCACCUGCCCCGUUUGCCGUGCGAAUCUCUCCCCUCAACCCGCCGAGUCAGUUCACGGAGCCACCGUGCCGGAAUCGCAAGACGACGUCGAGGCGCAAAACGACGCCGUUCCGGUCCAGUCCGAUCUAGAGCAGCAAAACGUUGACGUUGACCGGGUAUUACCGGAACCAGAGGUGAUCUCAAUAGGUAAAACCCUGAACCGGAACCGGACUAGAGGCUCCCGGUCGAACCGGCCUUGGCAUUUCCCGCGUUCGCACUCGACCGGUCAUUCGCUGGUUCAACCAGGUGAGAACACGGAGCGGUUCACCUUGAGGCUCCCGGUUGGGGUGAGGAAGCAGAUAAUGGACCGGCAGUUGCAGCGUGCUAGUAGUUUGAUUGUGUUACCUAGGGAAGGUAGCUCGAGAGUGGGUUACCGGACCGGCGGCAAUGGUAGCAGUAGGGGGAAGGCUUCGAGGCGGUUGGACCAGGGGUCUAAAUCGGACCGGUGGGUUUUCUCAAAGGCUCCCUCGUUCUUGAUGAGGGCAUUGUCGAUUAGAUCCCCGCGGCCGAGGACGCGGAAUAGCGACGAUGAAGCGUCGUCCUCGGCCACGCCUAUCAUGCCGCUGGGAGCCAGUGAUUCCGCCCGCCCUCCUCCGGUUUAACUAUUGUUUGAGCGAUCUCAAUAAUUCGUUGUAUUUUUUUUCUAAAUUCUCUGAACGAGAUUUUGUUUUUCCACUUCAAAAUUUGUACAUUUUGUAUGAUAAGGUGUUACGGUAGCAAAAUUUAUUUGGACCUGGUCUGACACGGGCGCGUCAAUGUAUAAGACACUUGGGCUGAUCACUUUGUAUAUCUAAUGGGCCGGGCAACCCAUGGUUCGUUUGGACCGAAACCCAAGUUAUAUAAAACAGGAACCACCCAAGCGGUGGGAGGCUAUCAUUUUCACGCA